AGGCCUCGCUACGCCUGCUGCCCCGGUCGCCGCCGGGGGAGGCAGCCUCUAGGCCUGCUGCUCAUCACCGGCGUUGGCGCUGGAGGGACCAUGAGCCGCCUGGGCUCGGUGCAGCAGAAGGUGGCCUGCCUGUUCGUGACCCAGGUGAAGGAGGAGCCCUCGGCCAAGAGGGAGCGCCAGCCUUUUAAAGUGCUGGCCACCGAAACUAUUAAUCCAAAGGCAUUAGAUGCAGAUAUAUACAGUGCGAUCCCAACUGAAAAGGUGGAUGGAACUUGCUGCUACAUAACUACGCACAAAGGGCAGCCAUACCUUUGGGCCCGAUUGGAUAGAAAACCAAACAAGCAAGCUGAGAAAAGGUUUAAACGUUUUGUGCACUCAGCAGGCGACUCAAAAGGAUUUACUUGGAAUAUUGAAGACGACUUCAAGCCUGUCCCUGAAUGCUGGAUUCCAACAAAGGAAAUAGAGUACUGCAAUGGAAAACCUUUUCCUGAUGAAAAUGGACAUAUUCCAGGCUGGGUGCCAGUGGAACAAAACAGCAAACAAUAUUGUUGGCAUGCCUCUGUUGUUGACUAUGAAUUUGAACUAGCGCUCAUUCUGAAGAAUCACACUGAGGAACCUGGUCUUCUGGAAAUUAGUCUAGUGCCCUUAUCAGAUCUCUCAGAACAAACUCUGGAGCUUAUUGGAACGAGCAUUAAUGCAAAUCCAUAUGGCUUAGGAGACAAGAAACAUCCUAUCCACUUUCUCGUACCACAUGGAACAUUUCAAAUAAAAAAUGCCCCUCCACUGAAUCAUGAUGACAUAUUGUCUUGGUUUGAUGGAAGCAAAGAAGGGAAAAUCGAAGGAAUUGUAUGGCAUUGUGCUGAUGGAAACUUAAUUAAGCUCCAUCGGCAUCAUCUUGGCUUGUGCUGGCCAAUUGUGGACCCUCAUUUGAUUUCUCAGCCAGUUGUUAUCACCUUUAGUGGUGCCAAAUACGACUAUAAUUUUGAGCCAAAGACACUUUUCCAUUAUUUUUCAAAGUUGGGGGGACAAAGAUUCAACAGUCUCAGAGAUAUAGUAAGUAAUCUGUGACCAAAAUAUAUAUUUUUAUUAAAAAAAAAGUAGCCAUCUGUGUGAUUGUUCAUUCCUUAGAUAGGGGAUGUCAAAAGGUUUCCAUUGUUGAAAUGCAAUGUAAAUAGUAUUUAGGUGACACAUGGCUUGAUGUGUACAUGUAUAUAUAACAAAUACUGCUGCUUAUGUAGCAGAGAAGCCACAAAUAAAAAUCUAUAAACUUUCGAGCAUUUAUUUUUAUUCUGUGGGAAACAUAACUUUAUUGAAGUGAUGGUUAUGUACCUGAAAUGUCCUGCUUUUUGUUUUUAAUUAUUGUAUAGUUUGUACAUUCAGUUGUGGUAAUGACUAGUUUGUAUGAAUGAAUUUCUUAUAGCAACGUAUAACUGAAAAGCAUAUUUAAAUUUUGCAACAGAUCAAACUAU